AUGAGCUUGGAGAUGAGACCGGUGCCCUUAGCCGAGAGGCUUCUGGUUCUUCCAGCAGCCCUGGCACAGGAGAAGAGCUCGGGGGACCAUACAGCGGUCAGCGGACCUCACUUCUUUCAGAUCGUCUCUUUCAAAUGGCAUCAUGUGCAGGAGCCCUACAUCAUUGCGCUCUGGAUACUUGUGGCUAGUCUGGCCAAAAUCGUUUUCCACUUGUCCCACAAAGUCACCCGCGUGGUUCCAGAGAGCGCUCUGCUGAUUGUCCUUGGCCUCUUUCUGGGCGGUAUCGUGUGGGCUGCAGACCACAUUGCCUCCUUCACCCUUACACCAAAUGUAUUUUUCUUCUACCUGCUGCCACCCAUUGUCUUAGAUGCUGGAUACUUCAUGCCAAACAAAUUGUUUUUUGGAAAUCUUGGUACCAUCCUUCUGUAUGCUGUAAUUGGGACUGUAUGGAAUGCUGCCACAACAGGCAUGUCUCUCUAUGGUGUUUACCUGAGUGGAAUAAUGGGCCAGCUCGACAUUGGGCUGCUGGACUUCCUUCUGUUUGGCAGCCUGAUAGCUGCAGUGGACCCUGUGGCUGUACUGGCUGUGUUUGAAGAAGUUCAUGUCAAUGAAGUUCUGUUUAUUAUCGUUUUUGGGGAAUCUCUGCUGAACGAUGCUGUAACUGUGGUGCUGUACAAUGUGUUCGACUCUUUCGUUGCAAUGGGAGCUGAUAACGUGACUGGGGUGGACUGCGUAAAAGGCAUUGUGUCUUUCUUUGUGGUGAGCCUGGGUGGAACAUUUGUUGGCAUUGUCUUUGCGUUCCUGCUCUCGCUGGUCACUCGCUUCACCAAGCAUGUCAGAAUCAUUGAACCUGGAUUUGUGUUUGUGAUCUCAUACCUGUCCUACCUCACAGCAGAGAUGCUUUCUCUUUCUGCCAUCCUUGCAAUAACUUUCUGUGGUGUCUGCUGUCAAAAAUAUGUCAAGGCUAAUAUUUGUGAUCAGUCUUCUACCACCGUGAGGUAUACCAUGAAAAUGUUGGCAAGUGGAUCUGAGACUAUUAUAUUCAUGUUCCUGGGAAUUUCAGCUGUAAAUCCAGACAUCUGGACAUGGAACACAGCUUUUAUACUAUUGACUUUGGUCUUCAUCUCAGUGUACAGAGUCAUUGGUGUAGUGAUACAGACAUGGGUUCUAAACCACUACAGGGUGGUCCAGCUGGAAAUAAUAGACCAAGUCGUAAUGUCGUAUGGUGGACUACGGGGAGCUGUUGCUUUUGCUCUAGUUGCACUUCUGGAUGAGAAAAAAGUGAAAGAGAAAAACCUAUUUGUCAGCACAACUAUUAUUGUUGUGUUCUUUACCGUUAUAUUCCAGGGUUUGACAAUCAAGCCUUUGGUACAGUGGCUAAAAGUGAAGAGAAGUGAGCACAGAGAGCCCAAACUGAAUGAGAAACUCCAUGGCAGAGCUUUUGAUCACAUUCUUUCUGCUGUUGAAGACAUAUCUGGACAAAUAGGACAUAAUUAUCUGCGAGACAAGUGGUCCAAUUUUGAUCGGAAAAUCCUCAGUAAAGUACUGAUGAGAAGGUCUGCUCAAAAAUCAAGAGACCAGAUUCUUAAUAUUUUCCAUGAGCUCAACCUGAAGGAUGCUAUUAGCUAUGUGGCUGAGGGAGAGCGUAGAGGUUCCCUGGCUUUUAUUCGUUCUUCAAGUACUGACAACAUGGUCAAUGUGGACUUCAGCACUCCUCGACCAAGUACUGUAGAGGCCUCUGUCUCCUGUUUACUGAGAGAAAAAGCCAGCUCCGUUUGUCUUGAUAUGCAAGCCUUAGAGCAGAGGAGAAAAAGCAUACGAGAUACAGAGGAUACAGUCACUCACCACACACUGCAGCAGUACCUCUACAAACCCAGACAAGAGCACAUACAUCUGUACAGUCGGCACGAGAUCAUUCAGAAUGAAGACGAAAAACAAGACAAGGAGAUUUUCCACCGGACAAUGAGGAAGCGCUUAGAGUCUUUCAAGAGUACCAAACUAGGAAUAAACCAGCCCAAAAAGCUCAACAAAAGCCACAAGAGAGACCGGGGCCAAAAAAGGAGAAAUAGUAAUGCCAUACCAAAUGGAAAAAUACCUUCAGAAAAUCCAGUGCAAGAUUUUACUUUGAAGGAAAAAGAUGUGGAAUUUUCUGAUCCAGAAGAAAAUUAUGAAUCUCUGCAUAUGGACAAAGGAGUUGACUUUUUAGCUAAUGUCACCAAGCAGAAUUGCACAGAUGCUACCUCUGGAAUUGAUAACCCAGCAUUUUCAGCUGAUGAUGAUCAAAGUAUCUACAUGAAGUUCCCGCCAUGGUUAUCUGAUGAAGAUUCUGUAGUACCAUCACAAAGAGCCCGAGUACAGUUACCGUAUUCUCCAGACAACUUCAGACGGCUCACCCCGUUUCGCCUCAGCAAUAAGUCUGUAGAUUCCUUUUUGCUAGCAGAUGGGCCAGAGGAGCGACCCAGAGCUUUCCUCCCAGAAACAACACAUAUGUAA